AUGAUCCCACGUCAACCAAGAGGAAUAUCUUUUUACGAUGAAUUUGUUCAAACUGUACCACGAAAAAUUAUUACACGAAUGCAAGCUAUUAACUCUACAUUUCUACUUGUGAUUUUCAUACUUUAUAAUGUCUAUGAUAUUAAAGCAGAAAAUAUAUUAAAUGAGGAAAACGCUCAUGGAAAUAAAACAGACCUAAAUGGAAAAUAUGGCUACGAUUCUGGUCUAUUUGUUAGCUAUAUAUCCUUGUUCAUUUUUUCUGUGGAUAUUUGUGCAGUUCUAUGUAAAAGAGUUUAUAGGAUUUUAAGCUUAUGGAUCGUUUAUCAAUAUCAAUAUAAAAAGGGAUUAUUCUUAGCUUGGUUAGAGAAACGAAAAGAAAAAUUAAUGCAACAAAAUAAAAUAGUAAUUAAUAAUAAGAAUAUUAAGGAAGAUGCAACUGAUAAUAUUAAAACAGUUGUAGUCGAAUAA